AUGGAGAAAAUCACGAUUGUUGGUGGUGAUUCAUUUCUGGUUGACUAUACUCAAGUUGGAUGUCUUGACGAGCCGAGUACAGAAGCUAAAAGUGGCCUCUACUUGAGAGACUUCAAUAAACAAGCGCAAAUUUUGUGUUUUGAUCAGAUUCCUUUUUUGAUCAACGGAAUAACUCUUGAAAAUGAGUAUUGCACAGAGAGUUGGCCAAGCUCAAUUGACGUGAACACUUACUAUUUUGUUUGUCGUUACAAAUUCGAGAAUACAAAAGAGCUGCGUAUUGAGUCGCUUAAUGGCACGGCAACGAAUUGGGGCGUUUCUUUUCGAGUUGGCGAAUGGGUUGAUGCUGAAAAGCGAUUAUUAGUGAUUCCGAUAAACGAGCCAACAACUUCGAUAAGCAUUUUUGUGGCUAUCGAUAUUAUUGUGACUUUUGUGGCAAGCUCUCAUUUGUUCGAAUCCGAUAACGCUUUGAUACCCAUCAAUUACUCGGGAGAAGACGAGGAUAUGAGCUGGUUUUGCUCGGAUUUUCAGCCCGUUAUUACUUGCCGUAUGGAUGCUUUAUUCUCUGUAUUUCAAGGAUCUGAUCCGGGCCACAAUGGAAACGAAUUGUAUUCCUUGUCGGACAAAAAAAGCGGUCAAGGCACUCCAUCCCGUUCCACGGCCACCACGAUUUUCUCCCGGAGUAGCUGCUCAUUUUGUGUCACUGCUGUCAUACAAGAAUUCACUCAAACAAAAGGAUUAGAUUCGUUUGUUUUUGGGGAUCAGCCAACGGUGAUCACUUCUUUUGGAUUUCCUUGGCCCUUCGACGAUUCUAUCAAAUCUCGUGAUUGUUUAAAGCAAACUGCAUUAUUUCACAGUGAAUUCAAAAAGAAUUUUCUUUUUCAUCUAUCCGACUUAUUGGAGGGAGCUCUGAAAAUGGUAAUCUACUCGGAUCAAAAUUGCCUUCAUUUCCUUAGCAACAUCACUUUUAUUCAAUCAUCUGAUCCUCAAAGCUUUCAUGCAAAAUGUUUAAAGUUAGAAUGGUGUCCUCAUGAGACUGUUGCCAGAUCUGGUUUUAAAUUCGAAUUGGGCUUAGGGCCGAUCGUCGAGCCUGAUGAUCUCGAAUGUGGUGAAGUGCUCGAGCUAACGGAGCGUAACCCAGAGGCCACUUUUCAUGGAUUAUACCUUGACAAAGCCGCUCUUUGGUAUUCGAUGUGGAUCUUGCCCAUUUUACAUCGACUUUCAAGAGCCACCACUGGUAAAUUGCACAUUCAGUGGUUAUUCAAACGAGGGUCUCAAUCUGCU